CAAGAGAUGGUCCGGCAAGUUACACCGAGAGCAGCAUGAGGUAAGAGUGCACUUCAAUAUGGCCGGUGCGUCGUUCGAGAUUAAAUUGGAGGAUCCUGAGGCUGAGUUGACCCAGGAUCAAAAAGAAAAGGUCCUUGACAACUUUAAACUGCUCGACCAAAGCAAAAGUGGUCGGUUGAAUCCACAGCAGGUCGGCAUUCUAUUCCGAGCAUUUGGCCAAAAUCCCACUGAUGAGGAACUUGCAGAAAUGCUGAGACCUAUUCCACAGUCAGGGUUGGACGUGGAUGGUUUUAUUCGCUUCUUUAAGGGAAAUUACAGGCCUCCAACAACUGAAGAUACAUUGUUGAAGGCCUUCCAGGUAUUUGACUUGGAAGACACUGGAAUUAUGAGCCGCGACAAGUUCAAGGAGAUGCUCACAUCCUUGGGUGAUCCAAUGCAAGAUCAUGAGGUCGAGGCAAUCCUUAAAGAAGCUGAAGUCGAUGACAAAGGCCUUUUCGAUUACAAAUCGCUGGCCAAGCGCCUUUGUGAAGGGCCAAAGCGUAUACCGGACAUGCCGUGAAUUUGGAGCAAUAUAAAGGUUGCGAGAAAUGUGGGGACAAAGCACGUCUCACUGUUUGGUGAAGACAAGGUCUAAA